GGCUCGCUGGCGGCGGGAGUCGGGCUCGUCGUGUGGGCCGCCGCACAGUGACCCUGAGUCCGGGGCGUGCGCUCGUUGGCCCAGUAGCGGUUCGGGAUCAGGGCCUCCCGAGGAUUUGCUGUUUCUCAGGAGCAUGUAUGAAGUACUAUAUCCCAGGACAACCCACCCAAAGGAAGAAAGGAGAAGAAUUUACCCUUUAAAGCUACUGUAUCUCAUUGGUAAAAAGUUUGCCUCAUGGUGUAUUAAUUCCCUCAGACUCCCCGGUUGUGCAUGGGCUUCAGAGGUUACUCAAAAUCAACAUGUUUGGGGCUGAGGAAGCAGUUCUUGGAGGCUGUGGCAGCCAUCCUUCUGCUGGUGGCAACUCUGUAUUAUGCUUUGGACAGUAUCAGUACACAGCAGAAGAGUACCAGGCCAUCCAGAAUGCUCUGAGGCAGAGGCUGGGCCCAGAAUACAUCAGUAGCCGCAUGUCUGGAGGAGGCCAGAGGGUAUGUUACAUUGAGGGUCACAGGGUAAUUAAUCUGGCCAAUGAAAUGUUUGGUUAUAAUGGCUGGGCACACUCUAUCACACAGCAGAAUGUGGAUUUUGUUGACCUUAACAAUGGCAAGUUCUACGUGGGAGUCUGUGCAUUUGUGAGAGUCCAGUUGAAGGAUGGCUCGUAUCACGAAGACGUGGGCUAUGGUGUCAGCGAGGGCCUCAAGUCCAAAGCCUUGUCUUUGGAGAAGGCCCGGAAGGAGGCCGUGACUGAUGGGCUGAAGCGGGCACUGAGAAGUUUCGGGAAUGCACUUGGAAAUUGUAUUCUGGACAAAGACUAUCUGAGGUCACUAAAUAAGCUUCCACGCCAGUUGCCUCUUGAAGUGGAUUUAACCAAAGCCAAGAGACGAGAUUUUGAACCAUCUGUGGAACAAGCAAGAUAUAGCAGCUGCCGGCAGAACGUGGUCCUGGGACCCCCCAAAGCACGGGAGGUGACCUCCCCUUGCAGACUGAGCCGCUCAGAGGAUCCCCCCUGUGUGGUGCAGGAAGAGAAGGCUGGCAGCUCCCGGAGCCUGACUUCUGCUAUGGAGAGCGAUGCCACGUACCAGCGGAAGCUCCGGCAGAAACAGCUGCAGCAGAAGUUCCGGGAGGAGAUGGAGAAACAGCAGCAAGUCCAACUACUUGCCUCGUCAGUUGAAAAGAAGAAUCUGGCAGCGCCGCCAGCACCUCCUCUGAGGCAGAGCACUCCUGUGAUUGCUGUUUCGGAGCCAGCCACGGACAAUGACUUCCUUACAGACAGCCUUGGAAUGUGGGAUGUGGGUCCAGAGGCAGGCGAGAGUGAUACCAAGGCCUUGUGUAAACCAGAGCCGCUCCAGAUCCCUGACACCACAGUCCUGAAGAACCAGGUGGUGACCUGGAACCUCUGCCAGCAGAAUCCACAAGGAAAGUCUGGACCCUUGCACGGCAUCAACCAAGAUGUCACAGGAAACUGUGAUAUCUAUAGGAAGAACCAGGACUUGAAGAAAAGGAAAUUGGAUCCAUCCUGAGGCUCAGGUCACAUCCUUGGACUUUGUCACAAAGGGACUUUCUAAAGCUACUUUUUGGUCAUAAUAUUGUUCAUCAUUCCUAGGGAAUGAGCUUAUUUCCAAGGAUUUACCUUGCUUCAUUCUGAACUUAACCCAGAAGAUCUAUUGGAGCCUUCUGCAGAUAAAACUGAGCAGUGAGAAGACAAGUGCUUUAAGAAAGCUCGUCACACACCGCAGGGGGAGGCGUGGAGAUUAAAAACCCUUUCUUUGGCUCUUGAUGUUCUUCACUAUUCCUAAGCUACUGUGUUAAUAUGGAUAGAAAUUUUAGGGAUCCUCAGUGGCUUCCUGCAUUCAAGCAAUGUAAGCUAUACUACUAAGUACCUGCAACUGCCUCCACGAAAUUACUGUAAUGUCUGCCUCCUUUCACUUUGGGUGGGGCUCAGUGUUUAGCGUUGUCCACACCAUACCGCGUAUCCUUCUGAGAACAAAAGCUACAGUGUUUUACUACUUUGCAGUAAUCCAGGUUAUGUUUUUCAUCUGUGAUACACAUCUCUGAUUUAUAGGUCACGGUGUCACUAUCCUGCAGUUUUUUCCUAAUGGAGGAAAUAACCUAAGAAGACCAAAGAAAAGGCAUUUUAAGAAAGCAAAAUAAAUUACUUUGUAACAAAAAA